UGGUUAGUAAUCGAAAAAGCUUCUUGUGAUAAGACUUUGUGUUUUUAUCUUUAAAGUAUCAAUGGAAAAAUAGUUAUUGAUUUCUAACAACAAAAGUAAACAAAUUAAGGUAGGCUAGCCUUUUUGAAAAUUCCUGACGUAUGUGGAUACUCCAAUCAUGCUUUUCCGCCAGGGUUAUAUAAGUUUUUUUUCAAUGGAAACACAUAGAAACAGCUCUUUUGAACAGCUAAAACCAAAAAUAUUUAAAAGCUGUAACCAUGUAGCUCAAAGCAUGAACCGCUUAUAACGCAAAGAGCUAGUAUACUGGUUACUGUUUUCAUGGCCUUGUGUGUGGUGUGUGUGUGUGUGUGUUAUUUGUGUUUGUAUGCUGCUUGUUCGAUCUAAAGAGAAACUUUUAUCAUUUUGUAUGUCUGCCACAGGUGCAUCUGGUGUUGACAAAGUUGAAGUGCCAGUGAUGGAGAGAGAUUCAGUCACUCUAAACACUGGUGUAAAACUGAACCGACAAGAAAAUAUUAGAUGGUACUUUAAUGACACCCUCAUCGCUCACAUCACUGGAAAUCUCCGUUAUAACUGCACAGAUGUUCAGUGUAAUGAAGGUAAUGAGAGAUUCAGAGGCAGACUGAAGCUGGAUUGUUAUACUGGAUCUCUGACUAUCAUCAACAUCAGAAACAGACACUCUGGAGAAUAUCAACUAAUCAUCAUCAACGGCAGCGACACUGGAUUAAUCUUCAAUGUUUCUGUUCAUGGAGUUUCUGCUGCUGAACGAGAUAAAACAAGGAGAAGGUCAGUGAAGGGUGGAGAAUGUGUCACUUUAAAUCCUGGUGUAAAUACAAACACAAGUGAAGUGAUGACGUGGUAUUUUAAAGACAUUCCCAUCGCUGAAAUCACUGGAGAUCAGAGUCAGACCUGUACAGAUGAUCAGUGUGAAGAGAGAUUCAGAGUCAGACUGAAGCUGGAUCAUCAGACUGGAUCUCUGAUCAUCACAAACACCACAAACACAGACUCUGGACUCUAUAAACUACAGAUCAACAACAGCAGAUUCAGCAUCAUACGGUCCUUCUGUGUUUGUCACUGCAUGGAUUCGUCUUCAGUCGCCGGCACUGGGGAGCUUUAGAAGGGCAAGGACUACAGAUAUUAUAGUGAGAGAAAAAUAUUUAUUAUGCAGUGUGUGUGAGUGUGAUAGAAAGUUUGUUCCACUUUGUGUUAAUGCUCAAGGACCAGACCUUGAUUUAAAGGAGUAGUUCACUUUAAAAAAAACUUUUGCUGAUAAUUUACUCACCCCCAUGUCAUCCAAGAUG